AUGCCAUGGUUCCAUCAGCAUGUGCCGGUUAAAUUGAGUGUGGGAUUUCUAUGCCUCCUUCUCGUAUGGAACUUGGCUGCAGGCAUAAAAGGAGAAAAUAAGAAGGAGAAGAGCGUGCCGGUGCUGGCUACUGCAGAGCUGCCUGCCAAAUCCAUUGAUCUGACUGCGAUUAACCUGACUGAACUAGUGAACGGAAUGUUAAAUACAGCUCUCAAAGGUACCAAAAAAUUCUUCUCUUUGCUGAGCAUUACCUCUUACAGCUCGUUUGCCUUCCACAAAGUUUCGGUCGCCGUUUAUAACAUUUCUAACCUGAAAAAUGUUGACCCCAGCAAGUUCCCGAUGCGAUAUUGCUACUGUUUAAACAACCUGACAAAUGACUUAACAGAUUUUACAGCUUUACUUGUAGAUAUUAUUGGAAACUCCACCAGUUACCUCACAGAAAUUUUCAAAUCAACCUCCAUCGUCUCAGUGAGUCAGAGCAAUGAUUCAGAAUGCAUCUAUAUCUGCGUGAUGGCAGGCCAAACAGGCAGAAAUAUGUCUGACUUUUGGGAAAUGAUAGAGAAAUCUCCUGUUAUUAAUUACACAUUUUCCAGUAAUAUGUCUGCGCUCCUGGAUAUAGAUUCAAUUCUUCCCAGCUUAAUGACCUUACGAGAAGACCCUGACAAGAUCGUGGACGAGCCCCCUGAAGACAUUUGGACAUUUAAAACGACAAGGAUGCCUUCCUGGGAACAGACUGUUGCAUGGAAAGGAGACGAAAUCCUCUCUACAAGAUUUCCCACAUGGCCAAAGACUGUUAGUUUGAAAGGAUCUGGAUUUCCAAUGCUACAGCUGCCCUUGUGGUUACAGACAGAUGCUUCAAAAGGACAUGGCACUACAAGGUCACCUCCUACCCCCAUGGAAAGCUAUGAUAUUUUACCCCAAAUGCAGCCAUCAACUAAAAUGUAUCCCUUCUGGACACAGCCAGCUUCUCCUGAAGUAACCAAAGUAUCUAUCCAAACGGAGUCAUAUCUGCCUUCAUUAUUGUUGUCUACCCCUGUGUUCAAGCCUGAAGUGUUACCAAAACUGCAUACAGCUUUCAGAUGUCCACAGGCAGCUCUUAAAGAGCCAUCCAUGAAUUCCCCUCCUGUUACCUUUAUGGCUCAAAAGAUCAAUCCUUGCGUGAUGGAGCUGUGUAAAUUUUUCCAGCAGUGCCUUUGUGUCAAUCAAAGAAGAAAUUCAAGAAAAGAAGCCAUGAGGUACUGUAUUGAAUACUAUUCCUGGUUCUUGAAAAAUGCAACUUACAUCUGUGAAAGGGUCAAAAGAAUGGCUUACUCACAAACAUUAAAGCAAAAAUGCCUUACAAACAUCUGUAAAUCUGUCUAA